AUGCAGACAGAGCAGCACGAAAUAGAGAUAGGAGGUACCUUGCAACAGAGGAUAUCCAGCUGCAUGGACGUCCUAAAUAUAUUCCUACGUCAGGAUGAAGCCCCAAUUGUUUCUAGUACAGUUGUAGCGGAAAAAGAGAGUGGGAGACGCUGCUAG